GCAUUGAUACUUGCAGUAUCUGUCAGUUUAUUUCACCUCCAAAUAAAAUGCUAUGUUCCUGACGUUGUUUUUGACGUCCCCUGGUGUCAUCUUCUAAUUGUCAAAAACAUAAACAUUGAACAAUCGCUACCCCUAUGGUAUUGAUUUGGAAUAAUCCAAUAUUGACCUUUGACUUUCUUGGAGUUUUUCCCGCCGUUUGUCUCUUGAUGUGCAAAUUUCUGUCCAGGCCAAAAGCUUUAUCUUCCUUGAAACCAACAAGCAGGAACCUCCUUGAGCAAGGAUUUGGGCAUGAUGGCAGCAGGACAGAGAUCACCAGCAUCAUCCGACUUCUGCCACCAAGCACACGCUGGAGCCCUCUUGCAGGGCUUGGAGGGACUGCGAUCCAACAGCCUGCUGGUAGACGUCAUCCUUUGCGUUGCCGGGAAAGAGAUUCCGUGUCACCGAAACGUCCUCGCCGCAUGUAGCGGAUAUUUCCAGGCCAUGUUCUGUAACGGGCUUCGCGAGAGUAAGGAGCACAAGGUAACCAUUCACGAAGUUAGUGCCAGCAUCAUGCAGCUUCUUGUCGACUAUGCGUACACUUCCAAAGUCACCAUCACGAAGGACAAUGCUGUAGAACUCCUGGAGGGGGCCAACUUCUUCCAAAUCCAACCUGUUUUUGAUGCGUGCACAAAGUUCCUAUCUAAACAUCUGUGUGCAGAGAACUGUCUGAAAAUGUUAGCCCUUGGGGGCAUGCUGGCACCUGACUUGGAGAAGAAGGCACUGCCCUGCGCCAUGAAGGAGUUUGAUUCGGUCAGCAAAACACCCGAGUUCCUUUGUCUGAGAAAGGAGCAGCUCAUCACUCUCAUCUCGUCUGAUGACCUCAAUGCUUCAGAAGAAACGGUAUACACAGCAGUGAUGGCGUGGAUCAACCAUGACACUAGGGGGAGGAGGAAGGAGAUGAAAGAGCUGAUGGAGCUGGUUAGGUUCCCAUUCAUGGACAGGCUGUACUUCUUAGAGAACGUAGAAAACAACAAUGCAGUACGCAAGGCUUGCCUGGACAUUGUGGCAGAAACUCGAAAGUACCAGUUGUUCCCGGGAGAGGUCCAGUCGCCACGCACCCGUCCCCGCCGUGCCAGCGGUCUGAAGGAGGCAGUGGUAGUCAUCGGAGGGAGAGAGGUACCAGGAAGUGAAGAAUUUUUAUACAUAGAUACAGACUCCAUGAUAAUGACCUGCUCUGCUGAGGCAUCAAGCUCAGAUUGGGCUCCUUUAACACACAUGAGGCAUUGCAAUGGUUUUGCCUCUCCAACUUUCCGCUUGGAAGCCAUGCUGCCUGCCGUGUGGGUCAAAGGAUUUGGCACGAUGGCAGCAGGACAGAGAUCACCAGCAUCAUCCGACUUCUGCCACCAAGCACACGCAGGCGCCCUCUUGCAGGGCUUGGAAGGACUGCGAUCCAACAGCCUGCUGGUUGACGUCAUCCUUUGUGUCGCCGGAAAAGAGAUUCCGUGUCACCGAAACGUCCUCGCUGCUUGUAGCGGAUAUUUCCAGGCCAUGUUCUGUAACGGGCUUCGCGAGAGUAAGGAGCACAAGGUUACAAUUCACGAAGUCAGUACCAGUACUCUUCAGCUUCUCGUCGACUACGCGUACACUUCCAAAGUCACCAUCACGGAGGACAACGCUGUGGAGCUCCUGGAGGGGGCCAACUUCUUCCAGAUCCAACCUGUUUUUGAUGCGUGCACAAAGUUCCUAUCGGAACGUCUGUGUGCAGGGAACUGUCUGAAGAUGUUAGCCCUUGGGGGCAUGCUGGCACCUGACUUGGAGAAGAAGGCACUGCCGUGCGCCAUGAAGGAGUUUGAGGCAGUCUGCAAAACACCCGAGUUCCUUCAUCUGAGAAAGGAACAGCUAGUCACUCUCAUCUCGUCUGACGAUCUCAAUGCUUCGGAAGAGACUGUGUACACGGCAGUGAUGGCAUGGAUCAACCAUGACACUAGGGGGAGGAGGAAGGAGAUGAAAGAGCUGAUGGAGCUGGUCAGGUUCCCUUUCAUGGACAAGAUGUACUUCAUGGAGAAAGUGGAGACCGACAAUGCAGUACGCAAGGCUUGCCCAGAUAUCGUGGCGGAAACUCGAAGGUACCAGUUCUUCCCAGGAGAGGUCCAGUCGCCUCGCACCCGUCCCCGCCAUGCCAGCGGUCUGAAGGAGGCAGUGGUGAUCAUUGGAGGGACACAGAAAAAUUUGCCUGGACAAACCGUUUACUCAAACUCCAUAAUGAUGACCUACUUGGCUGAGCCACCAAGCAGAUGUUGGGUCGAUUUAACACAAAUGAAGCGAAAAGACGUUGGAUUUGCUGUGGCUGUUCUGGGAACAAGUGACAUUAUUGUAUCUUCAGGUGGCUUUUGUGGGAGGCUCAGCUUCAGUGAUGUGUGGCUGUAUAAUGUAGAACUGAACAACUGGGCAGAUCUUGCUCCAUUGAACGUGACCCGGCAUUAUCACAAGCUGGCAGUACUGCAAGGUAAAGUGUAUGCAAUUGGUGGCAGAGACAAUAGUUCUAAAUUUGAACUAGCCUCUGUAGAGGUCUACGACAGAAACCUGAACAAAUGGAGUGAAGGAGUUCCACUUCCAGAGCCAAGGAGCCGGCAUGCUGUUGCGGUGUUAGACGGCAGCAUAUACGUGAUAGGUGGAUGCAAUGAUGAACUCGAACCAAAAUCCACGGUGUACUGUUUCAGCCCAGGAGAUGCUCAGUGGCAGCCACAGAGUGAUGUACCUGUAGUGGGUCGUAAGAUAUCUGCUUCAGUACUCAAUGGUAACAUCUACGUGGCUGUGAACAAAGGCAUUUAUAGUUUCAGGCCCGGGGACGAUGGUGGAUCCUGGAGUGAAGUACUGACAUGUGGCGUCAACAGGUCGCCUGGGAUGACUGUCAUUGGAGGGAAGCUUUACCUUUAUGGAGGCAAAGACCGUGGUGUUGGAAGCACAUAUAUCAUGUGCCUUGAUCCGGAGACCAAGUCGCUUCUGCGUGUGGGGACCAUGCCAGUGGGUCUGUACGGUCAUGCUUGUGUCACUGUACUGAAGGGGUGAUGGAAAAUGGACAACCCUUGCAAGCUUUUUUUUUCGUCAUCUGAGCUCACUUCCUUUUUGUAUACCGGUAAGACAAUUUUGUCAAAAGAUGGUGCAAUGGCCAUGAUCUUGUCUGUUAUUUGACUAGAAUGAUAUAACGUUAUAGGCAGUCACGCAAGCUCUUUUCAUCCUAUGGGAAUUGACUAUCUUAUGUAGUUCCACAUGUUAGUAUUACAAUUCUCUGAGUUUGUAGUAUCCUUUCAGGGCGUACAAUUAUCCCAAAUUGCCAAUUCUUUGAUCAUUGACAAUGGUUUUCUUAUAUCUUAUGUAUAGUUAUAUAGAUGUAUAAGUACAUUCUUUCCUUGUAUGAAAGAUAGUCACAAUACUUGUCAGCAUCAAAAUAUAUAGAUAGAAAAAUACAUGUACUAGUUUCAUCGUGUAUUUUUUAUACUAUGAACACUUGAACUUAUUUUUUUUUUAAAUCUU